CAUGUGUGUAUUGUUUAAACUGCUCAAAUCAGGCUGACUCUCUCAAACCGAGUAACAACUUCCACCACCAGACUGACUGACUGAGCGAUGGCGGCCGUCGAGUCUGUUACCACCGCUGCUGCCGGAGAUGAGACCACAGACACCGGGCUCAGCUUCAACCCUCGUCCGCUGAACGAAACUUACGACCUCUCUGCUUCGGACCACGAGAGCUGGAUGUCCGGUCCUGUAGACCACCACCGGAGGUUCCCCGAGCUGGAGCCCGGAGAGGAGGACUCUCCGUCGGACCGCGAGAGUUGUCAGCGGAGGGUCGACGAGGACCUGACCUCCCUGAGCCCAGAAGAGAUCCAGAGCCGCUUAGAGAGAACCCGCCGGGAGUUUUACAACCGCAGAAAGAUUAUCAUUAAAAACCUGCCCUCUGACGUCAGCAACCAGGAGGUCCAUGAGCUGUUGGGCAACUUUGACUUGAAGUACUGCUUUGUUGACAAAUACAAGGGCACAGCCUUUGUGACGCUGCUCAAUGGGGAACAGGCCCAGUGUGCCAUCAAGGACUUCCACCAACAUGUGCUACGGGACCGGGAGAUCUCUGUGCAGCUGCAGCCAACAGAUGCUCUGCUGUGCAUCGCCAACCUGCCUCGAGCUUUCACCCAGCAGCAGUUUGAAGAGCUGGUACGACCCUUUGGUAACCUGGAGCGCUGCUUCUUGGUGUACAGCGCCUCCACGGGCCACUCCAAGGGCUACGGCUUUGUGGAGUACAUGAAGAAGGACUCUGCUGCCAGGGCCAAGUCAGAGCUGUUGGGAAAGCAGCUGGGCUCCCGCAUGCUGUACGUCCACUGGACUGAAGUGGGCUCCCUAACGUAUCCACUGCUGCACUCUAAAUGCCUGUGUGUGGACCGUCUGCCCCCGAGCCUGCUGACAGCACAAGACCUCCGCAGCGCCCUGGCUGACACCCAUGCACCAGUCUUCUGCCAGUUGGCUCAAGGACAAGAUGGAAGUUUCCGGCGGUUUGCGGUGUUGGAGUUUGCCUCGGCUGAGAUGUCCGAGGAGGCACAGCGGCUCGCUGACGGCAGGCUGCUGGGCGGGACACACAUCAGGGUGUCCUUCUGUGCCCCCGGCCCUCCUGGAAGAAGCAUGUUGGCUGCUCUGAUUGCUGCCCAAACCAUGGCUGUGAAUCGGGGUAAAGGUCUCCUCCCUGACCCCACAGCCAUGCAGAUACUUACAGGCCUCAACAACCCCGCCACCCUCAAGAUGCUGCUCAACCCACUGUCACAGGGACCCAAACAAGGCCUCCUCGGGGCCGCCCCCACGAUGCCCCUGCUGGCCAACCACGCCCUCUCCGCCGCCCUGCUCCAGCUGCUCCUCCAGAACCAGGCCAAGGCCCAGCAGCACGCCUUUCUGGGGAAUCAUCUUCUGUGGGCUCAGGUGCUGCACAAUAAAGAAACCCCUCUAGUGCCUUGUGCAGGACUCAUCGGGGAGAAUCCUCUGGCCGCUCUGCCCGUCCAGCAGGGAGUCCAUCUGCUCGGAGACCUGCCCCAAGGUGGUGUAGUCCCAGGUCUUGGUCUUCAGACGGAUCCCCUGGCCCCCCUAAAGCAAAUGCCACAUGGUAGAGCUCUGGCAAGGGAGCAGGAGUCUCCCACAGCAGCGUGCAACUUCCCCCAGACUUCCUCUCCCACCCUGCAGGGCCUCUCCAUGCCCCUGAUGGGUGGCAUGCUGGGGGCAGAUGGCCUCACAGCACAAGGGAUAUCCAUCCUAGGAGAUCCCCCCAAAGAUAUGAACCAUCCCCAGAGUGCCUUCCUCUCUGUCAACAGUGUUUUUCCCUCAGUCUGUCUGCCCCCCUCUACUCCAGGAGGAAGCUGCAGACCUCACCCCUAUAGGAAGAGGCCUACUCUAAGCAAUGUGUCCAACCAGCACAUCCACCAGAGCAUUCAGCCAAAUUACAACCUGCGCUACCAGGACUCCUACAGCCCAGAAUAUCCUCCUCUACACCAGGAUCCUCUGGCCCACUUGUAUGAACAGCAGGAGAACCUGGAUGCUGGAGCCUUGGCAGGAUUUGGCCAGCAGCUCUCUCAUCACCCCGACUACAGUGAGUGUUUUCCUCACUACAGUUUCCCUCCCAGUGAACCCAUGUCCUCAUACUUCAGCUCAGGGCCGGAGGCCUCCAGUGACGAGAACCUCCCUACCCCCCAUCUCAACAGGGCUGUGGGAAUGCCUCCUGUGAGCCACACCACCAGCUACCCCCGAGGCCUGGGAAAUGCUGCCAAGACUCCCAUUGGUAGCCACAAGCGUGUGUCCUCCCGGCUGAUCCCGUCUCCGGAGCCGAGCCCCGAGGGCGGCUACGUGGGCCAGCACUCCCAGGGCCUCGGUGGCCAUUACGCAGACUCCUACCUGAAGCGAAAGCGUAUUUUCUAACUGCAGCUAGAUGCUUCUCGCUGUAGGAGUAGCCAUUCAACAGCCAGGACACAAUGGCAUCUCCUCUGGUCUCUUCCAAUGAACUGUAUGGAUUUGUGUGCUCCUGGUAGUGACCCCUGGAGGGCACCAUCAGGGAGCGCAGCCUGUUGCUAUCUGGACAGUUAGUCACUUCUUGGGAAUUCUUGGUGCUUGUAUUUUUUCUGUUGUGUGUGUAUAUAUGAUUUUAGUGUGUUGGUAAAUUAAGUUUUUACUUUUUUUUUUUUUCUUUUUUUUAAUUUGAUUUUAAUUUCCUGUUGAAAAACUUGUACAGUGAGAAAAAAUGGUUAUUUCGCAAAAAUGAAGCAUUUUUUUUUUUAAUUAUAAUUCCUGUGUUGAGUGGUGUAUCAGCAGAUAGUUUGGCCAGUUUUCAAUGGUAGCUGCUUUAUAUUAUGUUUGACAUCCCACUGAAGUGAUGCUGUCCACAAAUUCAAGCAAAGGGACUUGCAUAGUAUUAAAAACAAGCUUUACUUCAAAGGCUAUACUUUUUUAAAUAGCCUUCCUGAUUCAAUGUAAAAAGUUCGCUAGUUUGGUGUUUUUGUUUCCCCUCCUUCCACUGGGUUCUAUAUUUUGCUCUUAUUUCUGGAUUCAGGCCUCUCCUCAUUGGUUAACAUGCAGCUUUCCAUCCACCAAUGACAGCUGCGUGUACCUGCCUGUGUAUUACGACGGUGAAGCUUUUUACCGUUCGGGCAUAUUUUCUUAACUUUUCCACGUGGUUUGUCUUUUGAUCCACACCCUCCAACUUGUCUGUUCUCUACACCGGUUGGUUGAGUGAUGCACUUGGAGGUCACGAUCCUAAUCUGUUCUCACCACGACGAUAAGACGCCAUUUUCAAGUCUCCUCUCACUCACAUGUCCAGGAGUUGAGUAUUUUCUGUGUGUUUUAUGUGAGUUCUGUUUUGCUAAGUUUAAAUUUUGAAUGUGUUAAAGCCCCAACACCACACCUGGAUGGCUGAGUUGGGUAGGUGGGUGGGGCGAGUCUGGCAGGUGAUUGGUCGGUGACAUGAUUGUCCUUGUUUUUCUUUUUUUUUUCUUUUUUUAUCUGGUUGACAGUUUGAUUGUGAAAACCCAUUACCUCUGACUUCUGCUAGGAAAUGCAGCUACACUUGAGCCU